GGUGCUUUUUGUGGAUGCAGAAGAGAACUGGAGCUCUUUCCAAAACCAAGUACUUCACCCAGUGGGGCACAGGAGGCUGCAGGUCCUGCUUGUGGACCAGACGGACAAUCAGCACUGUUUCUGUGAGGCUGAUCACCAGGAGGGCCAUGCAGACCACAAAGUACACACCUACAGAGCAGGUAAGGAGAAUUAGAUCACCCCUGUGUUGUACCAAAAUGACAUGCUGAAACUCCUUGCAGAUACUCUUUGAAUGCAAACUGCAGAUAAACAGUAAGAGAGCCAGGUCACCUAUCAGCGGGGUUCCUAUGGCGGUGGCGGGCAGAGUGUCAGACACAAUAAUGAGGAAGACGGAGUAGCCUAGCAGCAGAGUGAUCUUGAAGGAAACUCUCUCUCCACUGUCAGGCGGCAAAUAGAAACCCACGAUGUCCAUCACCAUCAGGAAGAUACUGGGAAGCAGCAGGUUCACCGUGUAGAAUAACGGCCGACGCCGGAUCACCACCUGAGAGGAAUACACUCAGUUACAGUUUCUGCUGUGACACAGAGCGGGUUGUGGGUUGGUUAGGGUUUUGUAGGGACCACUAAUGAGGAUUUAGGCCUCUGUGUAUCACCCUCACAACUAAAUUACUAGAUUAAAAAGUGUUCCCUCUUUGUUUAUCAUCAUUGAAAGUAAAUCUCUUCUUUAAUAGUCGAGAGAAAGAAGCAAGAUUCAGCCGGGGGUUGAGGGUUUUACAAAAAUUCAAACUAAAUAUUUGAAGCUCCACAUUUAGAGCAAUUAAAAAUAGUUAAGUUAACAACACAGUAAGUGCUAUUAUAGAAAAGCGUAAAAUGAUAUCAAAUAAUCUAAAGGGAAAUAUAUGAAAGUGAAAAUUUUAGCUUACAUUAAGUAAGAAAAUGGAUAUGACAGUAAGAUUUGAACAUGCUAAAUUUAUUGGCUUUAGUCAUUGAAGUUCACAUCCAUCCAGUUAGUUCUUAUUUCUAAGCUAUAUGUUAAAAUUAACCUUAAUUAUCAAGGGCUAAAUAUUUUGUUGUCAAAUAAAAUUGACCAAAAUUGGCAUUAUUAAUAAUAUGGAUUGCUGUCUGAGAUUAGAGAAGAGGUUGUAGCCGUUAAAGUAAGACCUGUUGAAUCUUUGGUUUUUGCAUUUAUUCACAUUUUUAAGGCCAGAUAAAAAUAAAAAAUAAAAAAAGAAGCAGAAACCAUUUUGAUCUAAGUUUUAUCCACGACUAUUAACUCACAACUUAGUUUAAUAGGGUGGACACAUUUCCUUAUUUAUAGUCAUAUCUGCAGGUCAGUUGCCUUUUUUUGUCAGUUUUAACCCUAAAAAUGAUUAAACACUUACCAUAGACAUUUAAAUACACUAAUAUUGAUACUUAAUUGAUCUUUUCUCAGUGAGAGAGAAAAAGGUAAACUAUAAAGAUGAACAAUAUGUUAAGAUUUAAUAGAGGAUGCACCUUCCUUCAAAGGUCUUAAAUGUCUUCACUCACAUGAAACUUCAUCUCGGCGUAGUAGUCGUCAUUGUCAACGCUGAAGCUCUUGUACUUGGACAGUAUGUGAAGCAGCUCCCACUCGCCUUGGUUCAUGAAGACACUUUUGUCUUCGCUCAGCUCCUCGGGGCUCCUCAUCAGGGUGAUGUUGAUGUCAUCGACUGCAGAUCGAAACACGGUGUGGAGAACAGCGUGAAACCGCAGUAAUAACAAGUUAACUAUCACUCAGCACUCGGCUCUGUAAGCACGCUUCACAGCCGGGGAGAGUUCACAGAUGCACAGACAUGGUUUAGCUGCUCAACUGCUGAGAGGAAGAGUCAAAGAGGGAGUUUGAUGUUUUCUUCUGACCUCUGUGUUUAUUUUAAACAAUUUUGAUUCAGCAAAACCAACAACACUGGAUAUAUCAUCGUAUUAUUUUUUGUUCAGUCAGAAAACUCACACAAAACACACAAAAAAGAAGAUCCAUAAUUAGUUCAUUUUGACCUGGCAGUGAAGGUAAAAGUGCUUUGCAUAGAUUAUAGUGUUGAGGAGUAAAUGUCUGGAUGUCAGGUUGAUGCUGUCUUACUUGUAUGAAGCCAGCUCUGGAAGGUGAGGCUGCACUUCUGCACGUCAAAAGGGAAGUUGUAGAUGUUGAGCGUGCACGCUGUGACCACCUGGAUGGGCUUGUAGUUUCGCACCAGCCCAUCAUGUGUCACAUAGACGUAAGGUAUGUCUGGAGACUUCCCCACGUCUACACUGCACGUUAGGAACAACAAGAUAGUUUAAUAAUUUGAUAAAAGGGACAGAGAGACAGACAGGGUGAAGACAGACCUGGGAGAGGAAAACCAGCAGGAAGCAAAGAUAACAACAGGAAAAAGUUCUUACAACUCAUUGAUGAGGAUGUCAGGCACCCAGACGUUCGCCGUGGGGAUGGAAACCUGUUUGACUUCAUCAAAAUCUUCUGGGUUCCACACCAGGAACUCAUCCGUCCAAGACUGAAAAGUGAAAAGAAACACAGAAAAAGCUCACUGUAGAUCCUUAAAGCUGCUGAGAGUCAAAUUUAGUUUGUAGAGGAAUAAAACAUCCUGAUUAAUUAUCAUUUUAAUUCUCUAAUUUACUACCCAGCCACCAUCAGACUAAAUCUUCUUCACUCUGGGACAGACUUUUGUUGAGUUUUUCUUACCUGUCUGUACCACACAUAGGUUGUCAAAACCUGAUUCUUUUCAUCCUGUAGUGAAAACAUCAGAAAAAAAAUUAUAGUUUGAAUUAAAAUUUACUUUUUUAUUGUCCUUUUUUGUUCAACACUCAUGCCAAAAACCUUAACUGCUUAAAUUAUGCUCAUAUACAUCACUCAGGACAUUUUUACAUACUUCAGUAAAAUUUAAGUUUUCAGUCAAAAUAAUGUAUAUGUAAUGUUAAUUCAUCAAUCAGUCGUUAGAAACCACCAUAAAUCUUUCUUUUUGGGGAUUUUGCAGCACACAUUUAUCAUUUUACGGUAUAAAAAUCCUCAUAACAAGCAUUUGAAUUGGUGAUAACUCAUCCAAAUUUGCAAAAUCAGUUUCAGGCUCCCAAUAAUGUGCAUUUCUGCUCACAGUCACUCUCUCAAGCUCACUGGGACAUUAAAAAAGAGACUAUUUCUAAGUUAUAAUACACUUGUUCUUUCUCAAGCCAUUUAACAAAACAACAACAAAGGACAUGAGGGCAUUUCUCAAUCCUGUGGCUGUGUCUCUUUUUCAGGUUGCACAUUUUCAAAUUAAUGUUGUUUUAAUCAAAUUACCAUACAUUAAACCUGAGGUCAAACUGCAUUUCCUAGCAUGAGGACAGAGUCUGCAGCUGUGUUUUUACCAUGGGGCUGAAGCAUGCUUAUCCCUGAGUGAAUAUGAGGUUAAUUUGAAGUGUUACAAAUUAAAUCUAACAGAGCUUUAAUCAGAUUUGCACGUUUGUGUGUGUGUGUGUACUGCAGAGAUAAUCACUUAGAUAUAAUUAGAGAUACAAGAUAACUCCAAAGUAGCCAUGACACACACAGAGCAGAUGAUCUUAGCGUAAUAACAGGGUACGUCUUGAUGAUAUAAGUGACACUCUGGAUGUGUAGGUGAAAUAACUCACCACGUUGAGGAUGGAGUACACCAUGAGGUCUAUGGCCACGAUGGUGGACGUCCUCCAGUCCUUCACAGGUCUCACUCCCUUCUUAUAUCCCGCACUUAGAAACUCAGACAGACGCACUAAAGUGGCGUUGGCGAAUCUUCCUGAGUUGCUGCUCAGCUUCUUCACUGAAAAAUGAUCAAAAUGAUUCUGUUUAUGUGCAGAUGAAGACUUUCAAUGGUGACAUAACUAACAAAAAACACUCAUCUAACAUAAACAUAGAAGUGUCACAAAGAUUUUUAGUUUUAUCUGCCAUCUAAAUAAACUCCUAUAUAACCUGUUUGCCUGUUAACAGUUUUCAAAAACACAAAUUAAUAUCUUUUUAAAGAAAACUCAAAUUGGAUGGGCUGUUUGAACCAAAUCACAAAAGAAAAAACAAAGUCAAAUUGAAUGAUAAGUUAGUUUGAAAUCAGAUGUUGUUGUAUGACGGUAUCUAAUUCAGUUUUACUUCAGUACUGUGCUGCUGCAACUGUGUUGAAUUUUAGUCCUAAAACACUAAGAUAUUUUUUUUCUUUACUUAUUUAAAAGACAAACUGGUCAUAUAAAGAUUUAUUAUUUUUUACUGUCUUAUUUUAUUUAUUUCAGGAGAAUUUUGUACAAAUAUUUUUGUAAAAAAAAAUCUAACAAAACAGAAUUCAUCGGCUAUGUUUGAAGCUUUGGAUCUUAUACCUAAAGCAGUAACAACAUUUUUUUGUUCUUUUACUUUAUUUUAUUUUAUUUUAUUUUUUUUAUUUUCCACAAACAGAUGAUUUCAUAAGAUGGAAAUCGAAAUAAUGCGUCAGGAGAGAUCAAGAAGGCGACAGGCUUAUUUUUUCAACAUUAAAUCGCAAAACGAUAAUAAAAAAUAAUAAUAAUGAUAAUAACAUGAUCCCAUAUUAAAAAGAUAAGAGAGAAGCAAAUAUCUAUCAAAAUCAAAAAACGUGGUACAGUGUUGAAGAAAAAGCAAAGGUGUAAUAAAAUAUGGGACUUCAUGAACUUGAUUUGAUAACAAUGUACUUUUAAAAAUUUAACGUCUUUUUGCGCUCACUGAUUUCUACAGGGAUUUCUAAAAUCUUGGUCAUUGUUUGAAAAUUAUCAACACAUAAUAAUCUUUGAUUUGUGGCCCCUCUCAUGACUGAAGUUAAAAUAAAAUAUCGAAAUAAUUUUCUUAAUUUAUCUAAAGCCUGAAAAAAAGAUUGAUAAGAAAAGCAUGUAAGUCUGAUUUGGUAAAAAGUUUGUCUGUGUGAAAAUCUUGAUAGAUCAGUUGUGCCUUCUCUUUCCCAGAGUAGAAAUAAGGCUGUAAAAGACUCAAAUUAAAGUGUAAUAAGUUUAGCGUCAUAUAAUGUAAAAUAUAAGUAGCUGUACCUGUGCAGGCUCUGGAUGCUCCCUGAACAAGCAGGAAUAAAAGUGUCGUCCAGGCUGUAGAGGGUCUCAUGGUGACAGUUCACCUGUGUUUCCUCCUCUACCUGUGACAGUCGGUCUGCUGCUCUGACUAGAUCCACCAAAUGCCUGAAACCCAUAUCCUCCAUAUCCAUCACUUCACCCUUUACCUCCAUCAAAACCUUGUUAGUGUCACUCAGCUCACAGGGAUGUAUCACUCGCUCUGAUGCCACCCCUCCCUGUUCAAUAAAGCGGCAGCUCAGGGAGAUAAAUGAGCUGAGAGAGAGCUGAAAUUCAAGCCGGGGAUGAAGUGAUGCUCCAACACCAGGCUUUGAUUCACAACACUGGAGAGACUGUUGACUUCAAAGUUUCAGCAUUUCAUGUCCUCUAUCUCACACAAGCUCGACCACGACCUCCUUUACUUACUUCGAAGCUCCUUUGAGGAGUCUUUACAGAUGUAGACUGAAACUUAAACUAGCCCUUUAAUGCCUUUUGUAUCAUAUUUGAUACAUACUUUUAUCUACUUCUAUAAAAUCAAUAUGAUCAACAAAUUACUAAAAAAAACACCUGAAUACAGUCUGAUAAAUGAUAAAAAUGUCCUCUUGUAGUUUAUCAUUUUCCAAAAACAUCUAAUGUAUCAAACAAGAUAAAUAAAUAUAUUUGUUCAAUUUUAAGAACAUUUAGAUUUUUUUAGUUUUCAGUAGUAAGUGAAAUAAACACUUCAGCUCUAAAUAAUUUAAAAUUUUGUGGCCGUACUUUGUGGUGUCAAGCAUUAAAGGGCCAGUGCAAACUUUGUAUUGUUAUUUUUAUAUCUAAAACGGAUGCGAGAGCGUCAGCUAAGCAGCUAAAUAAACUGUGAUUAUCAAUAUAUAUAUAUAAUUUUUACAUUGUUAUUCACAUUUAAUGAGACAUUUAACUGUCAAAAGUCUGAAAUUUUGACAUCUUCACUACUGAAGAGGAAAAAAUGAGCAGAUUUGUCCAAAGGGGGUGCCAAAGUUGACGCAACCUAAAAAAGUUCCUUACAGGAGCUUUAAUUUUUUGUGCAUUGAGAUUCAAAAAUUGUAAUUUGAAGGCUGCCAUUUUGAAAAGGAAGUCAUGCUUUCCAAAAAUGACCCAAUGUAUAAAUGGAGCUUUUUCAUGUUGUUAAAUAUCUAUUUUUAUCCUAAAUUAAUAAUGACUUAUUUGCAACAAAGCUUGAAUCAUACAAAAUAAGUGUAAAACCCUCAAACACAGUCACUGCCCCCUUAUAAAUGCUCUUUAGAAAUCCAUUUUCUAAUAACAAGCUGAAAUUUAUGUCUAUCAGUGCUUCUGAAAUAAGAACAGGCAGGUUUUCAGCCAGUUUGAUGACUCAGAAACUUUUAUUUCCACUUCAAGCAUCAACUAUUUUACAAUGAUAACUUACUUGCUCUGCCUUUACUCCAAAAGAACGGGUGAAAUCAUCGUGAGAUUUCAUUUAUAUCCUCAACAAAGCCUGAGCAAAGCUUCAGCUACACACACACACACACAGAGCCAUUAGUUAGCUCACACAGACUGUAACAAAGCACGCACUUCACAUUUAUCUUCAGCUCUGUUGCAUAACUACUUGUAAUCAGAUCCACUAGAAGAGGAGGUUUGCUGAUACUGUGAAAAUUGCAUUAAUAUGGAUCUUUCCAGCAGCAGGUUUUCUGUGAAGUGCUCUUGAUAUUCUCAUCAUGACUGUUAGGGAACCAUCAGGGAAUAGGGACGCAGCAGCUGAGCUCUGAAUGGGUUUUAUUGAUCUCCUUUGUGGCAGUGAGAUGGAAAUUGAAACAUGAAUACAGUAUCAUAACAUCACACAGGCACUGAGGAAUUUCUCCAGAGAGCUGAUAUAUUAUACACAGACACUGAGUAAAUCCUCACUGUCAGGAAACUUAACAGACCCAAUGCAAUAAUGUCUCUGUCAAAAUAUGAUGUUGCCAUUACAAGGGAGGUGCAUUAUCCGGAGCUUAUGCAAACAGAAUAUUUCCUGGUUUUUGGGCAGCUUGGAUUCAAGUCUCUUAAUUCUCUUUAAUCUGAAUUAACAAAUCACGGUUCAGUCUAUGAUAUAGGAAUAAUGAGACACAACAGAGAGGGAGUUUGAUGGGAAAAGAGAAAAAGAAUAAAGGUUGUAAACUCCCAGUCAAAUUAUUACACACCUUUUUUAAUGACCAUUUUGUUUUUUUUAGCUUUACCACAAAAUUAUGUAAAUUAUAUCAAAAUAGGGUGUCGAGAAAACGAAGCUAAUGCAAAAGAGCCAAAAUAGCAGUUCCUCAAAGUUUCCACUUAGACUCCAUUUACACCCAUGAUAAAAUACCCAUUUACACAACAAAAACUUCACACAGCUUCGUACAAAAAUGUUUUGGUUUUCACAUUUUAUUUCUUAAUUUGUAACCCAGCUUUGUGAGAUAUAAAAACUUCGACCUCAGCUCAUCCCUACCUUGCAGAAGUUAGAUGCAGUCAGCAUUUCCAAUUUCCCUUCAGCUUAGCUUUGGGCUCAACGUCUUUGUCCUGCUUCUUUUCUAUCACUGAGCUGUUACUCUGUGUCCUUUGGGCCUUUGUACCAGGUGGUUUAAACUACCAUGACAGCUUAGAUCUCGAGCAAGUCUACACUCCAUCCUAGAUUUGAUGUCAGCAAAAAGGUUCAGAGGAUCCUGUUACAGACCGACCAAAGGGGCUGAUUUUUUUGUAAAACUUCAAACCUGUGCAGAUGAAAAACACAAAUCAACUACUCCAUUUUACAUCUUUUAGACUCAGUCAUAACGUCUUUAUGUCUUUUCUAUCACACGAUGUACAGGAUUAUCGUUAGACUAAUCGUUAGACCCUAAAUGAAUACAAGCACAAGGUUAUAGAUAUUUGAACUGACCACAAUAUUACAAAAAGUGCAGUUUCAUAAUUAGAAGUAUAAGAGGAGGAUCAGUAAGCCAAUAAUGAGUGAUUAUAUUCUGCAAACCUAAUGCUACAUGUUUUAUUUGUCUACGUAUUGAUUUUCAGUUUCAAUGUGACGUCAAAUCACUGGCAAUAUGUUGAACACCUUAAUCAAGAAUUGCUCUGAGUCACAGGGUUAAAAAUAAUCCCAUUAUGUCUUCAUUUGUUUGUUCAGGCGAAGCUCCAGCUGGCCCAGAGCAGCAGCAGAGUGCUGGCGUACAGCGUCAGGACAAAGAGGUAAAAGCGGAACAAAAAGAGGUCGAGUUUAGAGCAGAGAGCCAGCCAGUCAGCCUGAGCUGAAGACUCACUGUCCUCCUCUGAGAAGGCCAAGCGGAGGGAGACCAACUCCUGGAGAAGCCACUCCAGACCAGAAGGAGCCUCCUGGAUCUCAUUCAGGGACAGCAGAUCCUCCUCCAGAGAGGGCUCAAGCUCAUAAUCUGCAGGGAGACGAAAGAAUCUGGUUUUACUUUAUGGAGAUUUAUGCAGUUUUUUAAAAAAGAUUACAGCAAUUCAAACAAAGCUUACAGCUGGCUAAACGUGAUCAAACCUUUUAAGACUAAUUCUCACGGCCAGUGUGAGUUAUCCUUUUUUCCCCAGCACGUGCAGCUAAAAAACAGUCCCUCCACAUCAGUAGCUAUGGAAAUGUUCAGCCCUGGCUCAUAAAUUUUGGUGCAUGUGUCUCACCUCCUGAGGGGUUGAUGAAUUCGAGGGUUUUUAGAGACGUUAAAGCGCUCUCUGUGAACUCCUGACCGGCUGAGCUGUACUUGUCCAGCAGGCAGGCUGAUACUGAGAACUGCUUGACCUCCUUCUCACUGUGGUGGAGAAGCUUCACCACCAGUAUGGACUUGAUCAAACUGAGCAUCAACAUAGCCAUGCACACGGCAAAGAACACACCUGUAUGGAAACAGGAGAGGAAAAACUGUUAACAGGGACGACCUCCAACAUUUAAUCCCCAAACCAUUCAACAAAGUUUUCCUUGGACAGAUGAAUGGAUUUUCUUUUAUACCAGUCACUGCAUAAGGUUUAAUCUUACAGCAACCUCUCAUAUUACAAUAUUACUGCAGUUCACUGAAUGUCCACUUGAGGCUGGCUCCAAAACUCCAAAUAUUGCAGAAAUUUGGCAGGUUUACAGCCUGGUAUGCAGAAAAUUUCUAUAAUUGUGCACACUGUAUUGGGAGUGAAUUAUAUUAUUGUAUAACUCCUUUAUUUUGAAGCCAUUAAAGGGAUAUUCCGGCGUAAAAUUAAGUUAGGGUCAAACACACCGUUACACUGAGUUAGACACCCCCUCGAGAGAUGAAUGUUGCCAAAUGUUUGCUUCUCUAGUUAUACCAACUUUAGUAACGACCGCAGGAUAUCAAUACACAGUGGCCUACGUCUCUACACGAAAACUUUUUUUUACUUUUGCCUGGUUUCUUUAGCUCUCCUCCAGCAGCCGCUUGUAUAUGGAAGUGUAGCGGAUCAUUUCCUUGAGGUAAUAAUCUUCAUUUUAAAUUAUUUUACACUGCAGACGCGGUAGUUCUUCUGCCUUAGCGUCUCGGUCUGAUUGCAUUUCCAUAAAGAAAUGAUCAUAAAUGUUCUUCCUUGAGCUGCGAAACUCCGCUGCACAUGGUGAUCGACUCAUCGGGGCUCCCCCCACAAAUAAGUGGUUGCUGGAGGAGAGUGGGUGAGUUGUGUUUGGUCUCUUUGCUAAAGAAAUCAGGCAAAGCUUCAAAGAGACCGCUGUGUAUUGCUAUUGUGCGGUCAUUACUAAAGUUGAAAUGAAUAAAAAAGCAAGCAGUCAGCAACAUUUGUCUCUCGAGGGAGUGUCUAGGAAUAUCCCUUUUAAGGGUACAAGUUUUGCAUGAUCAGACAAAGUAAACUAGCAAAUGGGUUAGCACAUUAUUAUGAUCUGGGAGGUUAAAGGCCCAUCUUAUCUCUGACUCUUUGCCUCUUGCUGUGUAGGAUGACUCAAGUUUUCCAAUAUGAUGACUGCCAUGUUGGAAACUAGGGGGUGACAUCACUGAGACGAUUGGUUUUAAAGAGAUGGACAAAAAUUUAGAUGUCAAAGCUCAUAAAUAACCAAUUUAAGUCUAAUCUAAAGGAAUUAAAUGGUAAGAUAUUCUGAAACUAUAGACAUUAAAAAUUACAUAAAAGUAUCUGACCUAUGAGCGGAGUUCUGACUGCAGUGGAGGGCAACUCAUCGGUCAGGUUGACCCUGAAGACCGUGUAACCCAGCAGGAUACUGAUCUUAAAGGCAAUGCGAGUUCCACUGUUCAGAGGCAGGUAGAAACUGAUGACAUCCACCAGCAUGAGGAAGAUACUGGGGAUGAGGAGACCCACCACAUACAGCAGGGGGCGCCGACGGAUCAACACCUGGGCGACAGAGGGCUGAGAUUUAACAACUGGAGUAAUGACAAUAAUUUAACCGAAUGUUGCAGAAUAUGUUCAACUCUAAACCAUGCAUGUGUGCUUUUGCAUCCAAUUCAGUUACAUUCAGGUUCACAUGUAUGAUUAACACUUUUUUCGGCUUCCAGGGUUUGUGCUAUGUUUCCACAACUGAACUUUCCAACGGACAAAAAAGUUUGUUUAAAUUUAAAUGUGAGUAUCGAUAUGUAUUCCUUUCUUUUCAUACUUUAAGAGCUGUUCAUAAAUAAGGUUUUUCUCAUUUCUUUAACUUAAAUCUGGUUCCAGGUCAAGUAUGAGGGCAUUUGGCUAGAGAAACUCAACAAUAAUUCUCAUAUUGCUUAAUUUAUGUGUAAUUUUAUUUUAUUUUUUUGUCUUUUGUUCAUUCCUGUUGGAUUUUUAGUGAUUGAUUGAUUGAUUGAUUGAUUAUCUUUGCUCCCAAAUAUCUUUCAAAAGUUCUUUUAUUUGUCUAAAUUUACCAGAAGAGGAAUUAUUAGGUCUUUCCAUCUUACGUUUCUACAUUCAGAAAUAAAGUGGCCACAGUGUAACAAUAUCUCAGAGAGCCCUGAAACCCUCCGUCACCAAAAAGCCCCCUGUCUCUCUCUUUGAGCUGAAUAAAUAGCAGCUCUCCACCUGCAAUGGGCUAUGGAGCCAUUUUCCUCCCCUCUAACAAGAAGUCCAUUGAUCAGGCAGCCGCUGAGACAGGCUCAUUAUGGUUGCUCACCCUCCCCUGUCUAUCAGCCUCCCUCUCUAUCUGUGUCUUUACUUGCCAGAAACAGCCUCAGUCUCAUCAUUUGGCAUUAGCUCACUAGCCCCGAUCCAUGAAGGUCGCGGCCAAUUGCUUAACACUUUGCAAUCCUGCUGCACAGAGUGAGGAGGGGUGAGGAAGAGGAGGGAGAGAGAGAGGGACCGGGAGGGGGUCUAACCCACAGAGAGCUACAGUUUAAAGCUCACCAUCAAUAAGCAAUCACAGACAUCACUGUGCACUUACUGGCUCACUUGUUAUGGAGCCUUUAGACAUCCAAAAUACUGACACCAUAUAAAGUUACAGCUUUUACAAACAGUCGUGUCUCUUUAGCUUUCAUUAGAAUUAUUUCAUCUGGAUUACACUGCAUGAAUUACCAUGCUGAGGACAUUAAAGUACGCACAUUGAACUGGAUUUGUGCAUAGUCAGUGUCGUCCUGGUGGAUCUGCCAGUAGCGGGAGGGCACUGACAAUAGCUCCCAUUCUCCGUCAUUCAUGAACUCCUUCUGAUCAUUAGCGAUGGCCUCUGCACUCCUCAACAGAGCCAGGUCUAUUUCCUUCACUGCAGAGGGAGAGAGAGAGAGAGCGAGAGAGUGAGAGAAUGACAUAAAAAGAGAUGGUGGGUGGAGGACAAUAAAAGAGAAGAGUAAAUGUGUUUAUCACUUUGGCCUCAGUGUGGGCACAGCUCAGAGACUGAGUGCUUUCAAUUCCUCAGAGCUGUUUCUGUUUUCAUAUAUUGUCUUAAUGCUUCAAACAGUCUUAUACAUGCAGUGUCCGCAAUGUUUUUCAUGCUGGUAUGACUUAAACUGAGAUCUGGGGGAAUGUGUGGGCUGGUUUUUUGAUACUUUAUUUUUCAGAUCAGUCUGGUUAUCCUCCUUUUAAGAUAUAUUUUGGUCUGACAUGAAUCAGACACUGGUCCAUUACACCAGUUGAACCUGGAGUUAUAGCAACGAAUCAGAAGGUUAAACUUGCUGAGAGGAACUUUUGGUUUCUGGAACUAACAAAGUCCAAAAAUUUGAACUGCAAGGAUAGACAGCAAUUUAAUGAAACAGACUCGCCAACAUUAUAGGUGAGACCUCUCUAGAAAUGAUCACCAGGUGACCAGUGCUUACUGCUCCUUCACACAUUUUUGAGAGCAUUAUUCAAUUAGUUCUUGAAACCAAGUGGACAGCGUUUUUUCUUGUGGGUGCUGCUGGUGGAAAAAACAAACGGCUAAUUAAAGAAGUCACCUUGAGCUUAGGAGACAUGGGAUUACCAUUAACUCACAUAUUUGACAUUUUAUGGACAAAGUAAUUAGUUAGUUAACUUAGCAAAGUGAUUGGCAGACUAAUCUGUAAUUGUAGUCUCCUGUCUCUGAUCACACUUAGUCUCCUCUCAUUGAUUUUGGUCUCAGUCGAUGGAUUGGCAUGUUCACAGGUUGACUGACUGACUGUCUAGUUUCUGGGUUUUUUUCUUGUCCGAUGGAUCAUGUUGUGUGUGCAAAGCUUAAGAGUGUACUUGAUGUGUUGACUUGGAAACACAUUGAGCCCAACAUUUGAGUACAUGAGGAGUCUCCGCGCACAAAUGGUUCCAGUUCAUCAUAAAACUGAGAAACCUCAAUUUUCUGAUGUUGCUAUUAAGUUCACCCUAUGUUCAAUGUUUUGCAAAGCUUAUUUUAGGUUUUGAAGGCUUGAAGAUAAGUGAGUGGCACCAAGAUUGAACAAUAAAUGUAGACAAAAGAAGUUGGUUUGAGACCUGAGUGAAGCCAGCUGCGGAAGGUGAGGCUGCAGUUCUGUUUGUCAAAUGGAAAGGCGUACAUCUCCAGGCUGCAGGCCAGAACCACCUGCAUGGGCCGGUUGUUCUUCACUGAUCCAGAAGAGUUGACAUAGACAUAUGGGAUCGAGGGGGACUUCCCUUCAUCCACACUGUGGAAACAGAAAGUGAGAUAAGAAGGAAAGAUGAGAUAUGGACAACAGAGUAAGACACGGAAACAGACUUACUUUUUAAGCUCCUAUGAGGAACUUUCUGUUUGUGUCAAUGUUGGCGCCCCCCUGUGGACAGAGCAGUCUCUGUUUAAGUUGUCCUCUACAUGCUAAAACAUGGUUUUUAACUAGGGUGACCAUGCGUCCUCUUUUACCCGGACAUGUUCUCUUUUUGGGGGGCUGUGUGGGUUCGUCCGGCUUUGUCCGGGGAAGUUUAUAAAAUCCUUCAAAUGUCCGAGGUUUUGUAUGUAAGUUUCGAUUUUGUGUCAUGUGGACUUACUGAGUUAGUAGCGCGUAAAAGACUCCGUGACUCCGCCCCCACAUAGUCGUGUCCUCUUUUUGGGAAGUCAGAAUAUGGUCACCCUAUUUUAACAGUAAAGUAUUAUUCACUGUGAAUUUUUUAUGUGUAAAUUGUAAAAAAAGACCAUUUCCUCAGCUGCUCGGCUGAUACCUAACAUUUUGCAACGGUUAAAGAUUUUAAAAUUAUGAUGAAACAAUCAUCAGCCCUAUUCCUGAUGGUCUUGUACAUAUAAAGGCAUCAACAUGACUGUCAGUCUUUCAAUAAUAGUUUAAUAAAUAAAAUAAAAAUACCCUCACAGGAGCUUUAAAAUGACCUCUGUUAAGACCUACUGCAACUAUUUGGUGCUUCUAAUGCUAUGAAUGGUCUCAAUUACAUGUACAUUAACUCUGAAUGAGUUCAAGUUAGACCAGGAUGUGCUGCUGUGAAUGGAUGUAAUAAGAAAGUAAGAGGCAGGAUAUAACAACUUCUUAAAUAACUAUUUAUAACUCACGUAAUUACUUAAAUGCCCCAAGCUCAUGCUAUCACCUUUCUAGCUUUACAUGAAUUAUCAUGUAGAUCACGUAUCAUAAUAUUGCAUGACUGCUGUGUUGUGAUUUAAUCCUCCCUAAGGCCCUCGGGUUCCAGUCACUCAUUGAAGACUGUUCUUGUCAUUAUCUCACAAAGACUUGUUUCACAGUGAACAAUUGACAAAAAUGCACUAGUUUGCCAGCUGCUAAGACCGCCCAAUCAAUAACCAUAGCCAGUCUUUGAACAGCUUUGUGCAAGCUCACAUUGUAUCUCUGUUAAUCUUAAUUUAGCAAAUGAUUUCCUUCAAGAUCCAAAAUUUGUUGCACACUAAAUUGUAAAACAAAAUAUGUGUUAAGCAGUGAGCACGCAAUACUGCUGCCUUUGUGCUCUUCUUCUGACUUUUAGGGGCAGAUUUUAAACAUCUCAUCACAUAGUUUUAUCUCAAAUAUGUUGUAAGUUUAGAUUUAAAAAGUUCAACAGUGAAAUCAGGCUUUAGAUUUCUGGAUUCUGAUGAAGUUUUUUUUUAUCCCAUAAGUCAAAUUGAGAAGCUUUAUAUUUGUCUUCUUGCUGCUGUGGUUUACAGAUUAGUGCUUUGACCACAAUGUGAACAUUUGCCCUGAACCCAAGUCUCUUUAAAACUGGUUUUCUAAGAUCGUGGUAAUGAAAAACAUAGAGUUUCUUGACUGUUACAUAUCUGUUCAAAUCCUUUCUUACAACUCACUGACGAUAACAUCAGGAAUCCAGAUGGCAUCAGAGGACAGGGAGAUCUCAGUGAUGCCAUCGAACUCUUCUGGAUCCCAAACCAGGAACUCAUCUGUCCAGACCUGGAGAAGAGCAGAGACGUUUCCAAGAGUUAUGAGGUAUAUAAUAAUUAUUUUUCAAUGUCAAAUGUUUAUUGAGGAAUAGGAAAAGAAGCAUAGAGUGAAUGAGACGGUCCCUACCUGUCUGUACCAAAUAUUGGUAGUCAUGCUCUGGGUCUUUCCAUCCUAUUUAACAACAAAAAAAAUGUAUAGCUGUUGUUUUUCAUCCACAUAACUACUCUGCAGUCUAGUUUGAGUCAUUUCACAUCAGUGUCCAGUCAAACAUACCACAUCAAGUACAGACUGCAGGAUGAGGUCAAUGUGGAUGGUGGUGUGACUGGUCCAGUUGUGAACGGGGCGGACUCCACAGUCGUAUGUCCUAAGGAGGGUCCUGGUCAGCUGGUUCAGGGCUGAUCGCUUCGGCUUCUCUGGCACACAUUCAGCCAGAUAAACUGGAAGGGAGAGGUAGAUUGUAAAUGGUGAACUACAUCGAAGAGAUACUCAAAAGUAACUUCAUUAAAUGUAGCAACUGUCUCUUAAUUAGCCUCUAAAAUUGUAUGUAUUAUGAAAUUUUGCCUUUGGUCUCUGAAACCAAAACUCAAAGAAUGUGCAUAAAUAUAAGUCUAUUUGAGCAAUAGUAUGAAGAGUGACAUAGAUAUUGGAUGAGAAAGGUUCAGGUGGGGUAGUAGGACCCUUAAAUUAGAUUUUAUCCCCUCACCACCUCCUCAUUUUCUUCACCCCUGUAAAUAAUUAGAUAUUGGAAGUGCUCAUCAUUUGUGUCAUAUUCUCUGACAGUAACCCUGUGGUUUUUAUGCACAUUAGUAAAGGCAGGUCCCAAAGAAAAAUGGAUAAUUCUAUUAUCAGUCAGGAUUUUGGGAAAAUACACACGUGCGCAACAAUAUAUUAUAUUUAUACAUUAAUAUCAAUCUAUUCCUUGGAACUUUGUAUUCACAGUCUGUGUAAGGUGUUAAUUCUGUUAUCUGACACUUUUUUAGACCAACAGAACCCAAGAAAAUUAACUCUUUUAGUCGAAUUUGGUUUGCCCCCCCCAAAAAAAAAACUCAAACACAUGCUGAUGGUUUCUCAAAAACGCAACUUUUGAAAUUAAGUAUGAAUAUAUUUAUUUACAAACAUUUGUCGAGCCACAUGAAAUUUGACAAAAAAUGUGAUUGUCUAACAAUUGUAAGUGAACACAUGCAUGAUUCGGUCCCACUGCAUUGAUGGAUCUAUCUGUAAACCUAAAGGUAGUCACUGAAGUUGGACUCAAAUUUCACCAUCAAACCCAUUUAAUCUCUUCAAGUAAGCUUCAACUUGAACAUAAAUGUUUCAAAUCAGAAACACAAAAUGAGAGUUCUUACCUGAGAACAAAAGCAUCAGCCAGGUGACAUCCAUCAUGCUAAAUAUCAACCUUCAGAUUAAAAGCAAUUGCCAGGUGUAUCAUCAAAAAUAAUCCCCUUUUCUUCACCAAAAUAUCCUCACUUUUACAAUAAAACUUCAAGAGCAGUCAUUCUCUGUGUAGUAGAAGAGCAGUGAGCAGGGUAGCGCAGACAUUUUGGAUUCACAUAUUGAUUUUUCACUCCUCGGGUAAGGUGAUACAGGCAAUAAUAAAGCAGGCUGGAGAUUAGUCUCCCUGUAGAUUUGGUCAGUGCUCGUGUGUUGUGUCAUUACAGAAGAAUGAGAAAUUAUCCUGACUGAACUAACGCUGUGCUGCACCAUUUCCUUUUUUAUUUUAUUUCAUUUUUUUGCUGAUUUAAAGUAAGUGAACUUUUCUCAUUGUCCUAGCCUUUUUUGGGCAUUGGAGCUCCUCGAAGAAAGAGACUUGACUACUUAACAGUUUUACUACUAAAAAUGUGUUGAUGUAAAACUGAAUUUGAGAAGCACAGGACAAUUGACUUAUUUUUAAAAAUCCUUUUGGUUUACUUUUAAAACCAUAUCUUUUAAAAAAUUAUAUUCAAACAGAUGCAAACAGUGGUCAGCAAGAAAUACUUUUAGCCUAUAUUCUUUUUCACUACUACUACUACUAAUAAUAAUAAUUAUUAUUAUUAUUAUUAGUAGUAGUAGUAGUAGUAGUAGUAGUAGUAUUAUUGGAAGUAAAUCUAUGCCAUCUGAUUUUGAAUUUGAAUUUCUAAAGCUGAAUAUUUUUUGCAUCAAAAGCUGACUUUGAAUUUCAAAACCAUCGAAUUUUAAGCACGCAUUUUUAUUUUUUACACCUAUUUUUUUUUUUCACACUGAUGAGAUAAAUUCAGUGUAAAAAAAAAUCGGUCUCUCAAAAAAUUAGUGUAAUAAAAAUCAGACUUUAAAAAAAGCUGUGUAAAAACAAAUUCAACACAAAAAAAAUUCAGUGUCAAAAAAUUUUGUGUAAAAGAGACCGACUCAACAUCUGGGCAAUCAGGGAGAAGCAAUCGAUUCCUCAGUCUUCCAUUGGGUUCGGUGCCACAUGACCAAUUGGUAUUAAUUGAAUUGCUGAACGAUGGGUGACUGAGCCAGGAAUCGACUGCUCUCCCUGGUUACCCGGAUGUUGAGUCGGUCUGUUCUACAUUGAAUUUUUUUUUAAGUUGAAUCUUUUUUACACAGUUUUUUUAAGUUGAAUUUUAACUGAACAAAUCUUUUGAGAUACCGAUUUUUUUACACUGAAUUUAUUUCAUCAUUGUGAGAAAAGUGUCAGAAAUAAAAAAGGAAUGCUUGAAAUUCAAUAGUUUCGAAAUUCAAAAUCUGAUUUUGAUGCAAAAAAAAUCAGCUUUAAAAGUUAAUUUCAAAAUCAGAUGGCACAGAUUUACUUCCAUAGUUGACAACAGCUUCAUUUAAACUAUAAGAGUUGUUGAAAUGUUGGUUUUUCCAGUAAUUAAAAGUAGUAUUUGUCAACCAAUAAAGCUGUAUUCACCCACUUGUAUCUGAGACCUGCUGUCAAACCACUCGGGUAAAGGUCGACGUGAUUUAAACUCGUCCCGGAAGCACGAGAGAUUUCAUUACAUCAAUAACUGUCUGCUCGGGCGCGCGCGCUGCGUCGUUCUUGCUGCCGCGCAUGUCAUGACAGGUGAACGCGCGCAGCUGCCUGGUCGCUCUCGGGGGGCUUGACAGAUGGAGUUGGUUUGACUCGAAGUCAGAGCCAAUAAGACAUUUGGGAAAUUAGGAAGAAAUUCAGGUUUUUAAUCUGCAAUGAGAGGUGAACAGACCGAAAAUGGACAAAACUCCACGAACUCGGUGAGGAUGAAAAGCAUGAUGGGGCUGCUAUUAACAUGACAAGUAACAUGUUUGUGAAGAAAUGCCUGAGAAACUAACUUUGACACUAACCCCUUUGUGCUCUGAAUGACAAAUCUGUGCUCAAAAUACCCGAUUUUAAACUUCACUUGUUGGUGUUUUCUUGUUAAUACAGAAGGGAAAUGAUCCUAUCCUAUGCCCACUGAAAUACUGAUAUACCUAAAUUUAUUUUUAGCCUUUAAAACAACAUUUUUAGCCAGUUUUCUUUCAUUUAUUCGUUUAUUUAUUUAUAUAAACGUGUUAAAAAAUAAUAAAAUGCAAUAUAGGCUACUGGAGGGUAGAUGCAAUUUAAGCAAUACCAGCAUACUUUCUGAGAUGUGUCCAGGUUCAUGUUUGAAAGGGUAAAGUGAAGAAUUUCCCAAUACUGAAUAUUGAAAAUUACCCGGCAAACUUUAACCUCAUUACUCCUGAGUGUAAAAGUAACACAACUCAGUAUUUCAAUCCUCAGCCUUCUAGAUUAUACAUAUCUUUUUCUGCAGACCUUUCGUACUAACUUUACCAGAAAACAUCUCCAGAUCUCCAAGUAAAGGUUUCUGUAAAGUAGAAACUAUGUAUGUUUACAUUUUUGUGAGAAAAUUUAUGUUUGCCUCUGUGUUCAGUUCAGGAUUGACAAGGGAGGGGUGUGUAUGUGCUUGGGAGAAAAGGGGAGAGAGAGAGAGAGAGACACCCAGUGCCUUUGUCGUUCAGUUCUGGUGGCGUGGUGAGUGGAAUGAUAAACAGAGGCCUGAGCUAUCCAUGUCAGUAGACUAAAAUAGAGGCGAACCAAGGGGUCUCAGAUAGCCCCUGGACUCCAUAUAAGUCUGGUCAGCCUGCUCUUGGCCUCUUGUGUGUGAGUGUACAUGUGUGUGUCAGAGAGAGAUAUCCUGACUGUCCACCUGCUGUUGGGGAAGCAGGCUUAAUAUAGCGCCUCUCAUUCAGCAGCCCUGUGUUAUUUCUUCAUGUCUCUGUCAGUGAAGUCAAAACAUAUGACGGGCUGUGAGAGUUUGUGUUUAGAAAUGGUAUGAACGUGGAGUACGUGAGGUUGGCAUGAGGUGGCAUACAAUUAUUUCAAUAAAUCCCCAGAGCAUAUAUCCUAAAGGAGGUAGAUGAUUCAACAUGUAACCACCAUACCUCAUAUAAAUAUAAAUUUAGCAGGCAUUCAAAAAAGGUAAAAACUGUCAUCCUGCAUUGUGGAAGAAAAUCUUUCCAUUAAAAUAUGGAAAGGAUUGCUGUAUUGUGGUUUUACUGUUAUGAUAUGUAUUGGGUAUAGGGUAGGAAUUGAAAAGGUGCCCAAGAUUGACCCAAUUUACAACCAUAAACAGAGGUCACCUGACACAGUCUUGGAUAUAUAGAUUUAGGUCUGACUCCGUAGACGUGCUUUUGAGCUGCACCAAAGUUGAGGAGUUUUGCACCAUGAUCCACACCAAUAUCAGGAAAAUUAUUGGAUGUUUUAUCUGGAUGAUCCCCUCCAUUUUAACAAACCAAGACCCACACUGCUGCCAGGUUGAAUCCAGACAGUCCUCAUGUUAGGGACCAAAGAAUGAAAAGUCUCCUCGUCUGCACCAGCACCAUCCAAGUGGCACCAUUCUCUUGGCCAGCUGGCUGCUGCAGGACAGUUAUCAUAUCAGUUAAGGUGGAGGAGUAUUAUUAGAAAUGGGGGCAGCCAGCAACGCUCGUUUUUAACACCAGUUUGUUGUUGUUUCCAUAGCACACGGAAGAUUUUUUGUCUUCUCUGUGGUCAGGCAUGUCUUUAGAAUUGUCUUAUUUUUUUAUGUCCACUUGAUUUUGUCACCUUGUACUCAUUCUGAAUAAUCAAUUUUAAGUCAUAAAAAACAUUGCUGCUCUGGUUGAAUAUCCAGCUGGAUAGCUUAGCUUUGCAGCAAGACUUGAAACAGGCAGGAUGAGUCACUCAUUGUCCUCCUAAUUCAGAUAAAAAAAAGAGGUGUAAAUGUUCUCAUUUGCAGUUUCAUGGCAUAUUAUGAGCUGGAUUGUUGUGUCGGGUCAAUAUUUUCUUGGAGUGUCUCCUCGCUGCUUGGCAGUCUGCCCCCAGGAAUGCCACACAGACUGAGCAGAGAUAAUUCUCUUCUCAGGAUCGAGAUAAGAAGGCAUGAUUUUGGCUCCGUCCAAGUCAUUACACUGACCCAGCUAACAUGUAGACCACAAGGUCAUUGGCACAGCAUGCUGUCACUUGGACAUUUGUCCUUCAGUUCCAGAUAUACCCAUGCGGUUCACAGGCUAAAAGCGAGGCCCUGAGAAAGCCGUGAACUAUUAUCAUCAGGUGACGCAUAGACGCCUGUUUCCAACGCUUCAUUGUGGGGCAAAGUGGACUUCAGGACACUUCAUCAGAUGUGUAAGGAGGUUAAUUGGCAGGUACACCACAGCUUCAAAGGUGGCUGGAUUAAAUAUACAAAAGGAAACGUGUCGAAAUACUCAACAUAGAGCCCAACCAAGUUUCAGUUUUAGCCAUCUUGGAGUGAGUGACCCAUCACUCCUGUGAGCUGAAUAAUUGUUCAGUGGAUCUAAAGCUAAACUGUGUUUUUGUCUUUUCAGCAGAAUGAGAUGCUGAUCAACCAGCUGAAGGAGAUCACUGGCAUCCAUGACACGCAAAUCCUCUACAAAGCCUUGAAUGUAAGAACUAAGGACUUAUUAUAACCUAAUGGUGAUGCUGCCAUGAACAACAGUCGUGGUUAUACUGGUGUAAAAAUGACAGUCAAACCUUAAAGUUGCUUUAUGAGCUUUAGAAGUACAUGAAAUCUUAACGUUGUUUGGUGACUCACACUUUCAGAGCUUUUAAUGUUGCAACCUUGAACAUGUAUUAUUUACAAUUUCCCCAUUAGAAUGUGUUUUCUGUCUGAAAGUAUGUCUCGAAGUCCAUCACCAGAGCCAUGCUGCUUGUUAGCUGAAAAAAAAAACACAGCCAUUACUAUUCCUGAAGAGUAAUUAAUGUUUAAAAAACUCUAUUUACUUUCAUUAAAGCUCCCCCAAGGGUGCCAAAUGUCCACUCAAGCACACUGCUUAAGUUAGAAACACAAGUGAACAAAGGAAAUCCCUGGGAGUCUGAAUUUAAAGGAACCUCAUUAACGGGCUGGCAGACAGUACAAUAAACAGUCUAUAGCUGAGGGUGUUUAACACAUCAUCCAAACCUGUUGUACCAGAGGCAGACAAAGACACAGCAGGAGCUCACAGGUUCUCUUAAUUAAUCUAGUCGUCUUCUGUGUUUGUACGGCUUUAAAUAUUUACUCUUUACUGAAUUUUUAAAAGCUCGUAUUCUUAUUCUAGAUUAUAGUGUCGCUCUUCAAAUAACUGGAACAUGUGGCCUUAUCUUUUCUUCGUAGGCCAGUCAGGGCGACAUCGGACAUGCUGUUGGACUGUUGACAACCCAGCCUGCAGAGGUUCAGGAUCCUGGAGAACAACAACAGUCAGGGACCUCUGCAGAGGCCUGGGAGGGCCAGAAAGGUACACUAAGAGAAACUUAAAAUGUGCUGAAUAAUAACAGAUUAUUUUCCUGUUUAGAAAAGAAAAGCAUCCGUCCAUUUUUAAAACUCGUCUUAAAACCCAUUUUUAUUCAUUGGCUUUUAACCCUCCAUGAGACUCGGCUCCUGUUUUAGUGUUCUAUGGUUUGUUUUUAGUUAUUUGUUUCUAUGUUUUUAAAUUAGUUUUUAAAAACAUUGAAGCUAUAUUUUAUUAUUAAUUCUGCUUUCAUUUUAUCCAUUGUUUUAAUUGUUUCUUGAUUGUUUUUUAUAUUGUUGUUUUGUCUAGUUAUGUACAGCACUUUGUACAGCUGUGGUUGUUUUAAAGUGCUCUACAAAUAAAGUUGAGUUGAGAGUUGAGUUGAGCAUACGACCUGCAGAAGGCUUAACAUCAGAGCUUGAUGAUGCAAAAGUAGCAUCAUGUAGGAGACACAAUUUAUUUUGCUCCAUAUGUUGGUGAAUUUGCACAGGAUUUUUUUUUUUUAUAUCUAACCCUUCAGACCUUCCCAAAGAUGAAUUACAGGCGGCCAUUGAGCUCAGCUUGCAGGAGUCUCACAAUGCACAAGAAGAGGAGCGAGAAUUCAACAGGUACCAAAAGUCUGAUAUUUUUGAGAACUUAAUUAAGUGAAACCUUUUCAUAGAGUGAUUUAGAAAUGUGUUUUUUUUUUCAUCUACCAAGGGCCCUGGAGGCCAGUGCUGAGGAAAAUGCAGCAAGAAUGAAGAGGAAGAGGUGUGAAGCUCAGAGUGAGAUGUGCAGCCCUGCAGACUGGAUCCGUCAGGACGACUGGCCUGUGGGCAUUCGCAACGUUGGAAACACCUGCUGGUUCAGCGCUGUCAUCCAGGUGAGGACGAGGAGAGCUGUGAGGGAUUAGUGUCUGACUGGUAACAUCAAAUUAAUGGGACUCUGCACAGAGAAAUACAAGGUCCCUGUCUGUAAACCACUGUCUAGGUUUUGACUGACUGCAACCAAAGAGGUUUCACUUUCCUACCAACUUUUCAGCUGAUUUUGUACCGUCCUAUUAAGGAAAUGAAAAACAUCAAAAGUGUGGACAUAUUUCAGCGAUUACACCUCCAUCUAGGACUGAGUUUAGUCAGGCCUAGUAUCAGGUGGCUCGACAGGAACUCGAGCUCUCAUUGAGAUGCACAGAUUGCUCGGAUAAUUAAAUAGUAGAGAUGUGAUGAUGAUGAUGGAGCCAGCGGUGGUCUACCUCUGGAGGCCUUAAAUGGACAGAAAGGACCGUGAUUGUUUGGCUCUGUUGAACUCAGAUAUGCCUCUGCAUCGAUUUUGAAGUCAAACCCGCCUGAAGGAUGGUGGUUAUUAUCUAGGAACAAAAAAUGGAAGGAAGAAGCAGUGUGGUUUGAAUACAAAUAAUGUCCAAAUUAUCCCCUUUUUGUUCUUUUUCUUUCUACCUGUGUCUGUUACAAACAAAGCGAUUGUUGUAGACUCUUCACAUACAGACUCCUGAUAAAGCAGUCCGCCCUACAAACAUUAUUAUACUAUCAGAUUGAAGCUGAGUGACCACAUGAUUCAGUUGUAAGCUCAUAUUCCCUCUAUUAUCCUUUGUGGAAUAAAUUACAGUAAAGCUGAGAUAGCCCGUAAUUAAAUUUCCCAUUCAGGUGGAAACACAUAUCAAGAUGGACUGGAGUGCUGAGAGGCUCCACUCAUCACCGCACCACACGCUGGAGUAACUGACUGUCACUAAUGCAUUUAGUUUAUCAUCGGAAACACAAGUAUCUCAUGACAUAUAAUGUCACUUAAAUCAUUUUUAAAGUUUCUGGGACACUUGUACCUCUUAUGCUCUAUCACUGAAGAUAACACCAAUUGAUUAUUAAUUCUAUCAAAUAUAUUUCAUCAGUGCUCAGAGUAGGUUUUAAUCGCUCAUUCCCGUAGCUCCAUAACUCGUUGUGAUGACCUGAAAGUGCUCUGUGAAAGUGCCUGAUUGAAACCUGCCUUUAGCUGAGCACUUUGUGGGUUUUUUUGGAACAGAUUGUGUUGAAAAUGAGACAAACAAAGUUGCAAAUCUUUUUCAAUAUUUCUCAAGCGAACAUCUGAAUCUUGCACAUAUUGGGAUGCACACUUUUUAUCAAAAACAAAAACAUAACAUAUAGCUGGGUAAAGCAAUCUGUGCUGAUCAAGGACUUUUUUAUAUUUUGCAUAUGUUCGUGUUUGUCCUCAGAUCUUUCUUAACCACCUCAGCAGAUGACUACUGUAAUUAUGAUAUGACAAAAAGAGAGCUCCCACAUCUGUUGUUUACAGGUGGCUACAUAAAUGGCCCUUAUUUUGUUUUCUUGUUGCAGUCACUGUUUCACCUGCCCGUGUUCAGGAGGCUGGUUCUCAACUACCAUCUGUCUGAGCGCAUUCUGGAGAGGUGUAAAAGCCACUCUGUGAGUAAACUACUGAUACACCGAGCAAAAUAAGUGUUAUUUUCCUGUGUGGAUUGAAUUUUUAGAAAUGUUUCAGUCUUCCACAUCACUAAAAGGGGUUAAACCUAACUUUCACUGGUAUUUUCUGUCAAAACAAAGCCUUUAAGAGAUGGUUUAAAUGUGGGAAAGUUCAACUCUGACUUUGUUCAAUCAGGACAAGAGGAAUAUAGCGUUCAUGCAGGAGCUGCGCUGUCUGUUCGCCCUCAUGGUGGGCUCCACUCGAAGGUUUGUGGAUCCCUCAGCAGCCGUGGAGUUACUGCGAGACGCCUUCAGGACCAGUGAAGCCCAGCAGGUACAACAGCGAUUUUUCCCGCAUCUGCUUCAAGAAAAGAGAUGCAACUAAUUAGUUUAGGGUUAAAAACACUUAACCUUCAGCACUCAAUCAGCAUCACCUCGCUCUUUCUAUUUUCAUAAUUUAAACACUUAAACUGAUUCUGAGCAGAAGCACAUGGGCAAGAUUUCCCCCCUCAAAAAUGAAAUGAGGUGUCAUUAGCAGAUGUGUAUUUUGUAAACAGUAAUUUUGUGAAACUGUGACCUGCUGUAGGGGCAUUUCAGGUUCAAUCAGCUGCAUCGAGAGAGAAUCCUCUUUCAUUAAACUUGCAUAGUUUUUGCAUUUUGUCUUGAAUAUUGUCAUUGAGAACAUUUUGGCAUUAAGGAGUAUAUGCUGUGUUGGCUGUGUCUCCCUUUUGCUCUUUCUGCAGACUUCUUGCUGUCUUUUUUAUCUUACUUAUAUUGUGAGACUUUUAUUUCUGUUUGGGAGUAUAAUAGAAAUUAAAGGCGAUGUCUUCAUGAAAAUAUGCAUCACUUGUAUAGGUCCAAAGCAACCCAGUGUGAUUACAUCUCUAAUCCCCGUGCUGAUUGGCUUUAGAAAGAGCAUUUUUUUCUGGUCAGAUCUGUGAGUAAAGAGGAUGGAGUUUGCUCAGGUGUAACUCAGGUGAAGUUUGAAGCUACAGUCAUGUUCGUGGAAGAGAUUUACUGAAACCCUUUUGCUUCCAGCGGAAACAAAAAGACAUGAAAAUGGCCCAGAUUGAUGUUCUGAUUUUAGACCUACUCUUUAUUAUUUCAACAAUAACUACUUCAUAUUCUUGAUUGUUGAAACCAAAAGCUGGUCAAGCACUAAUUUGAGUUUUUUUCUUUUUCUUUCCAGGAUGUCAGCGAGUUUUCCCAUAAACUACUCGACUGGUUAGAGGAUGCGUUUCAGCUCGCUGCCAAAGGAAAGUAAGUUAAAGCUUUGCCACUCAUAUGCAUUAACUAUUCUACCUCCUUUCUGUUUGUUUGCCUACUUCAGUUAAUAAAAUGUCAUGUUAAAUUCCAGUGAUGCAGAAGACAAAAAGCAUAACCCCAUGGUUCAGCUUUUUUAUGGCACCUUUGUGACAGAAAGAAAACAUGAAGGUUUGAGUUGGAAUAUAUUUUUAUUUAUCGGUUUUAACCAAAACGAACUCUGUUCUCAGUUAAUCCCAUCUUUGUUUCUGUUUAGGUAAAACUUUAUGUAACAUCGAGCAGUUUGGCCAGUAUCCCCUGCAAGUCAACGGCUUCAACAACCUGGAUGAAUGCCUUGAAGGUGCUAUGGUGGAGAAGGAGAUUGAGUCAGUACAUGCAGAUCACAGCGUCACAUCUGGCCGAGAGGUAAAAAGGAAAGCUGUGCACAGAGAUAUCUGUAAAUGGUAUUUUUUAUUGCAAAUACAGUUGCAUUUUUCCUUCUUUUGCAGAGAUGGUUCAAAAAGUUACCACCGGUUUUGACAUUUGAGCUCUCAAGAUUUGAAUUCAACACACAACUCGGUCGUCCAGAGAAGAUACACAAGAAACUUGAGUUUCCACAAAUAAUUUAUAUGGACAGGUGAGCUCCAGCAACACGGUCUUUGACAUGCAGGUUAAAUCUGUUGUUUAAACACGGUGCACUUGGAAUAAAUCAAUGAAGCAAAUUUUUGACCUCUGCAGUCUUUCAAUCUUUUUUCCAUGAGAAUGCGCGCUACAUUGUAAAUGUGAAAGGAAAGAUAAACAAAGUUUUAUCACAUUUAUGUUCAUGUUUUCCGCAACCACGCACCUCUGUACUGAUCUGUUUGUAACCUCUUUAUUCAGAUAUCUUCACAGAAACAUAGAACAGACCCAUGAGAGGAGAGGAGAGGUGAAAAAACUCAAGGAGCAGCUUUCAGCUCUUCAACAGAAACUUGAAUGGUAAAUAAUGUACUAACGCAGAUAAAUAACUUUAAAAUAUGGAUCAAAUCUUUACAAGAUGUCUUCAUUCACAGCUACAAAAACUAUGGCUCAGGACCGACCAAGUAUCCUCUGGCUGACAUGCUACAGUUUGUUCUGGAGUUCGCUACCACCAAGCCUUCAACCCUUUCCCCGGCUGAAGAUUUCAGACCAACUUCAUCUUCACCGACUCCUUUAAGCCACCCCCUCAGUGAACAGAUCCCCAAAGACAACAGGUGGAGCACCAAGUACAACCAAAACCCUGAAAACAGACACUCAAUUCAAAGCCAGUGAGGACUUUUCAGAGCAUCAUGGCUGAUUUCCUUUCUUCCUUUCAGUGAACCUGAAGAAUCAGAUUCAGCAGAAGGUCCUGUCUCCAGUGUUUCCAGUUGCCAGAGAACCCCCAUUUAUAAGCCCUUCACCCAGUGCAGACACCCCAUCGAGUGCCCACCUCACCCAGCCCCUCACAGCAUCACAGAAGAAGAGCUACACUUCGUAAAGACCUGCCUACAGCGCUGGAGGACCGAAGUAGAGAACGACAUCAAUGGUAUGCUAACCAAAAUGAUUAAAACACCCAUGAUGACUUUUACUAAGGAUAAUUCCUUGUUGGUCUCUAGAUGGUAACACCACAAGCUCUGUUUGGGCUCCUAAGUUGUUCUCGAUUGUUCUUAAACCGAUCUUUUGGUUGGUUCUUUGGUCUGAUCUGAAAGAUGAGGGAAAUUAAAGUGUUUAUCUGUCACAAAAGCCAUGUAGAAAUUGGUCACGCCUGUCUGCUGAAGGCCUUCUACGUUUUGGUUACAACAAAAUACCAAAUACACAAGUGCAUGUCAGUACUUCACAAAAGAAAAAAUAACCUGAGGGCACCUCAGGAAAAAAACAAAACAUUAACCCAUUCCUGUCAGCAUCAUACUCCCAUCUAUUCACUAUUAUGGGUGAAAUAGCAGGUAAACAUUUAUGAAAAUGUUGAGAAAAUAAAUCAAUUUCAUACCUGUAGGUUAUAUUAAUUCUGUUUCUGUUUUUGUUUCAUUCUGUGUUGUUUUCACGUGUGUCAGAGCUAAAGGCCAGUGUUGACAAGCUCACACAGAUGCUGGAGGGCAUGUACUCAGACAACAGCCUCUGCCAGGUAGGACGUACAUUCACACAAUUCACCCUGACAUACAGCAAUCCAAUUAUAUGGUUUACAUCAGCAGCUGAAGAGGUGGCAUCCACUGAGAUCAGAUAAAACUUUAUUGAUUCCUGCAGGGAAGCAUAAAAUGGCAAAAAGUCGAAGUCCAACUGAAUACAAAUAGGGACAGAUCAGAAGAAGAAGUGUUUUUUACCUUUUUAUAAAAAUAAUGGGUUAUUACACUUAAUACAAACCACAAUUAUCUGAAAAAAAAUCACAAAAAUUUUGUAAUUUAAGAUUUUACAAGGCAAUCAUAAGACUUGAAUUUCUUUAAAUGAGGUUUGCAGACAGGGUAAUCUCUUGAACUCUCUUGGUAAAUGAGGUACCUACUUGAUAACAACUAUUAUUACCCAUCUCAAAGGGGAGGGGUUGUUUGUAUCAGCACUUUAGGACCGUUUGGUAGGCUCUGUACUAGCAUGACAUUUUUCUUUUAUUGAGUAAGUACAAAGUUUUUAUUUUAGAUGAAAAGCGGGACUUGACUGUUUUAAAAAGUGUGUUUUCAAUGUAACCCUUCUUUGCUCAGGUUCCGUACAAACUCCAUGCAGUGCUGGUCCAUGAAGGCCAGGCGUCAGCAGGUCAUUACUGGGCUUACAUCUAUGACCACGCCAACCAGCGCUGGAUGAAGUAUAACGAUAUAAGUAUCACUGAGUCAUCGUGGGAGGAGCUGGAGAGAGACUCAUUUGGGGGGAUGACCAAUGCCAGCGCCUACUGUCUGAUGUACAUCGAUGACAGGCUACCCCAACUUAUUACAGGUACCUCUCUCUCUCUCUCUCUCUCUCUCUCUCUCUCUCUCUUUUAGGGUAGAUGUCACAAUAUUGGAAUAGAAAAUUACUGUGUAAUGAAGAAAGUUCAACACAUUGACUCCAGCUGCAGGUUGUGUAGAAUACCCUCAGUGGAGUCAGAGCCGGAAUAACAGAGAAACACUAAGGUAUUGAGGAAAGCUUUAACGUUUCAAAAGCUAUUAAAAUAAUAUAAUAUUUAUAUUUAAAUAUGCCCUUGUUUCAUAUACACUGAUAAUAUUCAUAGUUUUUAGAUAAAGCUCAAAGUCAGCCAUCCUGUUGAGAGGGUUUACAAUCCAAAAUUGUUAUUACCACAGACUGGAGAUAGAAUGGACGCCGUCUGCCUCCUCGCUGGUGAAGCCACCGUGAGAACAGCACCCUCUGGUGACGGGCUGCAGUAUAGGUCAUAAAUCCCGCCUCCUCCAGCAAUCCCUAUGGAGCUGUGGACAAACUUUAGAAAUUUAUUACACAGAAUAUACAUUUUUCUCACCCAUCACCGGCUGAGCGUCAUCACAGCGACUCUCAGCGACUCUCCCGCCAUUUGCAGAUGGAAAGAAUGGAGAAAAAUCGCGGAAAUACGAUUAGCUUUUCAGCUUCAAAUCUGUAUACUGGCGGAAGACGGAACCAAUUUGACCAUACAGUCUGUGGUUAUUACCCAGAUCCUUAAAAGCAACUCAGAUUUAAUAUAUUUAGCCUACUGUGAGGAUAUUUUAAUGGUGAUAUCUCUGUACAAUCCAUAAAGACAAACCAGAUCAUCAGUUCCUUGAGCGAAGAAUAAAAACAGCCUGAAACCCAGAUGAACAUUUCUCUUUAUACCCUCCUGCUAAAUCUUACCAGAAUGUUGUUCUUAGUUUGUCAUGUUUUAAUGAUCAAAUGUAUUGAUUGAAUAUCCUCUCAUCAUUCAUCCUCUCAGAUGACACAGAUGAUGAAACAGGUCAGGUUCUGCGUGGCAUGGACUCGCUCCCACCCGUCCUCAGGCGUUACGUCCUGGAAGAUAACCGCUGGUUCCAGCAGGAGCUCAGUGAGUGGGAAGAGCAGUUCUGCCAGUCUGCAGCCGCACAGGGAGAGUCCACAGCCUCUGCAGAGCCCCCGAACCAAGAUCCAGAUGAGACACAGCAAACACCAGUUGAACCAGCCCCCCAGUCAGGACCAACAACUGAAGAGCUGGACCAGGAAGCACAGCCAGAACCACAACCAGUACCAGAACCAGAGAAGGGGACAGAGUCUGAGUUCACAGAGAAAGCUGAAGGUCUGUGAAGAGCUUUAAAAACAGACUGUAUUUACAGUAUUUACAGAGAACUGUAUGACCAUUAAUCCAUAUGCACAGAAACAUGUUUUUAUAGAUGAGAAGAAAAUCUCAUUCUUAAUUCAAAGCAAUCUUAAGAAAUUAUCCAAUCCAAAACAAUUUUAUUUAUAAAGCACAUUUAAAAAAACAACAAAACACUGACCAAAGUGCUGUGAAAAUUAUAAAACAAUAAAAACAGACAAUAAACACAAACAAUAAAACAAAGAAAGGGUUCAAUGAAAACAUGAUUAAAAGGAUUAAAAGUUCUCAAGAGUCAAAAGCCAAGGAGUAAAAGUAUGAAUAAAUAUGGAUGAAAUUAUUAAACCAAAAACCUUCAACUUUUUUUAAGAUUAUCAACAAUCAGAAACUUGGCAAGGACUCUAUUUACUAAUAAAAAAGAAGAGACUACUCUAAAUGUUUCUUAAAACUAGCAGCACAAUGGGAAACCUGAAUUUUCCUUCCAUUUAAUGAUUCCUAAAGGCUUUAUAAAAAAAACAUUAUCAAUAUCAUAUAAAAAAAAAUGUACAAUUGUUAUGCUCUGAAAGUUCUGCACUGUUUUGUUAUCCUGAGUAGCUUUAAGUUUUUGCAAAUACAAAACUCUAGUAGAUGUUACAUUGGGAAAAUAGUCAUGAAAGAACAGUUAUCAAAAAAGACGAUAAAGCUUUUUUUAAUGUAAUGUUACAAAAAUAUGGUUUGUUUUGGGCCCACACCAGCAAAGCCAUAAUUAACAUUUUAUAAAACAGAGUUAACAUUUCUGUAAUAAUUCGUGGAUUAUAAAAGUCCUGCAGUACCCAACUAGGAACCUGAUUUUCUCACAACUCUGCAACAAAACUUUUUACAGUCGUCAUGCGUGUUCUCACAGCCUCUCUCUGUCUCUGUGUAACUUUAGAGGAGUCAGAGGUAACACUGCAACCACCGCCACAGACCCCUGACACCCUGCCAGACGACACCAGCAGCCAAACAGUCACUGAUACCACCCCAGGAUCCACAGAGCGCUCCAACACAGCUGAGAAAGAGCUGCAGAGUCAGGUGGGCAAGUCCCUGAUAUCCCCUCCCCCUUGUUCGUGGAAUAUGGGUCAGAAAUUCUAGGCCACAAAUAAAGUGUGUCCAUCUGGGUCAAGGAUCUGAUGUCUCCACUAAGCAUCCAGGCUUGAUAUGAAGAGGUGCACACAGAUUAAAGAAAGGUCAGGAGUUAUUACUGCUGUCAGCUGAUUCGUUUGACAGCCAGCAGCUUGUUUCGGCAUAUCGCAAUUUGUCGGUUAAUUUUCUGUGUUUGUCGUGGUGAAAACAUCAAAUUACAGCCUGGAAAGUCAUCAUGGAGUGGAGUUUAGACAGUGAUGAAUUAUUAAAAGCCCCGGUGAUGUGGACAUUUAUUUUUGGAUUUCCAUUAGAUGGCUUGAAAUAAACUUGUGACUUAUGUAAUGAAAAUGUAUUUGUAGGCUGCUGCAGCCUUUCUUUUGGCCCUGCUGAGGGUAUAUAAUACGACUUGUUACAGGAUACAAAUAGGUGUUUUGAAUUUAGCAAGCUACCUUUAACAUUUGGAUUGGGUGGUUGGAGUUAUGUUCAUGACCCAGUUAAAAUAGAAGCAAAAAAAUCACCAUGAAAUACACAAAAAUGAUCUAAAAAUAUACAUUUAUGUUUAAUUAAUAAGAUUAAAAAUGAAGACAGUGAUGUUAGUGUAGUCUGCUCAAAACUGAUCACUGGUCUUAGCUGGUCUAUCCUGGUGUAACACAGACUAGGACUAGACUACUACUUACAGUUCUCAGGUCUUAUAGCUUUAUAAAGAGGGAUCUAAAACAAGGUCCUGAAGCUCCAAACAAGAUGAAGAGAAUGGUUAGUUUGAAAACCUUUUAAUGUGCUCCUAAUUCACGUGUUUCUGUCAGACUCCUGCCCCUGAACCCGAGGUCAGCAACCAGCCAGUAUCUGUCUCCCAUGAAAAGAAGGAGGACUCAGAGGGCUCAGACAGGAGCCCUCAAGCCGAAGGGGGCACAGAAACUUCUAGUGAAACCCCAGAAAAAGAAGGAAAGAAGCAGGAGGAAGAGGAGCAGCAACCGCAGGAAGAGGAGGAGGAGGAGGUUCGGCCUGCGAGACAGCGACAGCCUGAGAAUGAGGUCUCAGAGGUGGAGAUCCCCAAUGUGGGCAGGAUCAUAGUGAGGGCUGACGCUGAUGGAUACAACGAAGAGGUAAGUAGGUUUAAAAGUGGUUUAUGAAACAAAGACGGUGAGAUAUGACUGCUGCACCUUCAGACUUCUCAUGUCAUCGUAAAACUUUGCAAAAAAGUGGGUGAAAUUUAAGGACAGACUCAAACGAUGACAUUUAAUUUGGAUUUGCUAGACUUUCAAAAAUAUUUCAAUGCUUUUUUUUUUUAUUUUCUGACACCACUUAAAUAACAGAUAACUCAUUUCUCACUCAUAAUGUGGCUUGGUUUGUCCUCCACUUUGUCAGAUUUAGAGGUUUUGUGUCUCAUAUGCAACACAGACGUAAACAGGUAGAGGACAAAUUUGAAACCUUGAAGACAUGCCGUGUUUCUCUUCGUUCUGUUGCACCGUCCUGCUUUCAUUUCUGGGUUUCACAUUUAAUCGUGUUCAUUUUUUUUUCCUCUUGAUCAUCGUUGACCUCUGAACUUUCUUCGCUUCUCUGUUGUUUCCUAGAUGAUGCUGACUCCAGCUAUGCAGGGCGUCAUUCUGGCCAUAGCCAAGGCCAGACAAAUCUUUGACAAGGAAGGACCUGAGGCCGGCCUCAUUAAGGUACCUGCAUCUCAAGAGUUAUUAAAACUUGAGGUUAAUUUAUGUAAAUAGUUUCUCAUCUGACUCACAUAUUAGAGGGUAAUAUGGGGCUGCUUCUGCAUUAGGUGAUUGGUCACAUGAUUAGAUCAAGAAGCUAGGUAGGGAGCACACAGUUCUUACUGUAAUGUCAUAUCACCAUAACUCUAACUCUGCAUAACAAUUUGUACUUCUAUGAUCAUGUGUUUGUUUAUUUUGACGCAUGAAACACAAUAAAAUCCACAUGUAACUACAUCUUGACCUCAACAGAAAAUGAUGGCGGUCGACUGAAAAAAUCUAUUUGCUCCUCUCACACAAGAAGAUACUUGAGUUGCUGCUCGAAAUUCAGACAAAACAGUUUUUGUUAAAUGCAUCACGAGAGUUUUCAGCUGAGGUUAGUCUCCAUGAAAGAAAAAUGUCAGCUUUUAUUACCAAAGCUCUUGUAUUAUACUGAGUUCUAGCAGGAGUCAGUCUGAGGUCAAUCAAUCACUGAAAGGCUGCACAAACUGAUUUAUUUUUUGUCUGGCGCUUUACCAACUAUCAGCGUAUCAGCAAAUUAAGCUGUAAUUAAUCAAAAUGGAUCCCCUUCUGUUCUUCAGGCCUUCCACGAGGAGUAUUCCCGCUUGUACGAGCUCUCCCAGGAGGAGACGACGCCUCAGGAGGAUCCUCGUUUGCAGCACUCUCUGGUCUACUUCUUCCAGAACAAGGCACCCAAACGCGUCAUUGAGAGGACACUGCUGGAACAGUUUACUGACCGCAACCUGAGCUUCGAUGAGAGGUACACAACACUGCCAAACACAUGCCCCCAUUAUCUGGAAUCCAGACAUGUUUGAUAGAAACUGAGCUGCUAUUUCCAAAGGUUAGACAAUGAAUACUUUUGAAACUGACUGAAAAUGAAAGAAAACAGUUUGCAAACCCCAGUGACAAUUAGAGAAACCUCUGAGGGACAUUUCCAAGUCCUAUCAGGUUUCAGUUUUUGAUAGAUGGACAAAUGUAACAGAAACCAGAGUAAAUCAGGCCUGGCAAAUGGAUUUACUUGAGCGGGCGCUCUGAUAGAGAUAGAACCAGUAAAGACAACAGCAUGCUUAUGAUGUCAUCUAGUGUUUAGAAUAGAGAACUACACCAUAGUGACAACGCUUUGUGUCCUUUCUACUCAUGCAGGGCCAUCAGCAUCAUGAGGGAAGCCCGGUCAAAGCUGCGUCUCAUCAAACCAGAGGACAUGGACAUGGAUGAAUACCUGGUACUGACAGACUAAUAAGUUGACCUUACUGAGCUGAGGAGUAAAUAGUUUUUUCUGUUAUAGGCAGUUUAACAAUCCAGAGGCAUAAUAACUUUUCAGGAAAGUUAUCUUUGCAGCAGUUUACAGUUGUUUAAGAUCCACAAAAAUAACAAUAAAUUCUAUAUAUAAAAGAAAAUUCGGAGACAGAUGGUCAUCAAAAAUAUUUUAUUGUGGUGAACCGAAAUAUCAAAGUUUAUCUAUACAGCAUCACAGAAACAAAGAGCUGUUCAAGCUCUUCUCAGAUAAUGACAUUAUUGAGUCUUUAAAAAUACAUGAAUAUUCUAUAACAGAUUUUGUAUGCUAGCGAUUAUGCUAGCUGUUGCUUUGGAUGUAUUGUUCUGAUAUAACUGAACUCCCUUGGAACAUAAUAUGGGCGAAGAGCAACUGCCAAUGAUAGUUUAGAUAGCAAAAAAUUUUCAAACAGUUAGUUAUUCCCCUAAUUUUUUUUAAGCCUUAACAAUUUAAUUUCUCUAUAUAUAUAUAUAUAUAUAUAUAUAUAUAUAUAUAUAUAUUUUUUUUUUUUUUUUUCACAAUUCUCCUCCAUGGCACAUUCAAGUUAAUGUUGAAUCAUAUUUGAUUACACUUUUUUUAAUACUUACUACUGUGACAAGCCCAAGGCAAAAACUGUUCCCAAAAUAAAUGCACUAUUUACAUUUUGUUGAAAAAACACCAUUUCCAUCAUCAGCAGAAUCAAAUUAACUCAAACUCACUGAGAAACAAUGUUGGUUUUAGGAUUUUUUCAGUAAAUCUGUUAACACCUUGAAUUUCAAAUCGUAAGUACAUCAUGAAAGUAAAGUAUCCUGCUGUCUACUGCUAAAUGUCAGCUCCGUUUCGACCUUUUUGCUGUGAUAAGAAAAUCUAACAAAAGGAGACAAAGUGAUGGUUGGUUUUUAUGUGCUCUCACUCACAGCAGUGGCACGAUGAUUACAAGCUGUACAGGACGGUGUUUGUCUACCUGCUGACUGGACUGGAGCACUACCAGCACGGGAAGUAAGUACUUAACCUGACGUGCUGUGUUCCUGUCUCAUGCUAUCUAGACUGAACUUACAGGCUACUUACCUGCUCAUAAUAAAAGUGAAAUGUACUCUGCAGCAGAUAAUUGGAAUGAUGUGACUGAUGGUCUGUGUGUGUUUCAGGAUGAGGGAAGCCCUGACCUACCUGGCACAUGCUUAUGAGACCAACACCUCCUUGCUGAAGAACGGAGAGCAGCGCGGCAUGGACAAGUCCCUCAUUGCCAAUUACAGGAGAAAAUGCCUCAUUGUGAGUAACUCUGUGCUGAUGAAUGUAAUAACUGAGCUCAGUCUGUGUCAGUAAAGGUGAGAGUUGGCUUUAUGCAUUUGUUUUGGAUUUCUUAUAGUUCCCUCAGUUUCAAACAACAGCCAGUGUGAACAAUGCUCCAUUUUUGUGAGAUUUAAAAAUGACAUAUGUAAUUCCAGCUUAUUUCUUUUCGACCAGAGCUUUGAAUCAUAUGAAAUGAAGCCAACAGGACAGUGAGAUCCUUUAAGUGGACAAAAUUUUACAGAAAUGAUGCUUAUUUCAUUUUCAAAAGUGAAAAAAUUCCCGGCUAUGUGACAGCAAAUCGGUGUUGUUAGUGAUAUCACCUUGUAUGUAAUCGUGUCUUCUUUGAUAAACGUUUAAAAUCACAAUCUGAAUACAGACUGUUUGCACUAUCAAUACCUGAGUGCAUUGGUUGUAAACUGAUAAAAUGCACAACAAAGAAAGUACAGAGGAAAAACUCUCUCUUCUAUCGAUCACGCAGGCCCUGAAUGAAAGCGCAUCACGCAUGUUCUGCAGCGGUGAAGACGCCAGUGUAGAGGAGGGCAUCUCCACCAUGGAUGAGGCUGUUAUCCCCUGUCUUCACCUGAUGAGCCGGGACUCUUCCUUGUCCCAGGAAGACCAGGACGCCAUGGAGAGCAUCCGCAGCCACUGGUGCUGCUGUCUGGGCCAGGACAUGGAUGGUAAGACUGGACCUUGUUUACUAUAUUGUUGUCAUUUUGUGUGAUUGCUUUGAAAGAUUUUUUUUUCUAUAUUCAGGUUUCAAGUAGUAAGUAAAGCUAAAUUACUUUACUAAAUUAACUGCUUUGCUGGUCAAAUAAUCUCCAAAAACUCACUAACCCCCAGAAAUUUAGUUAAAGAACUUCACUUCUUUAUAUCCAGUCAAUCCCUUGGAACAAAAGUGUAUACAAAACAUACAUUGAUAGUGGUGCUCAGAAAACUUGAAAUAAUUCUCUAAUUUUUCUCAUGUUUUCAGCCUCAUUACAAGUAAAGCUGGGAGAAUUUCUGCCCCGGGUUCUCGAAGGUUCAGCAGAGACUGUCGUUCUCAAAGACCCUCCAAAAGUCCCCGUAAACCAGGCGCAUGACCUGUGCAGUCGCCUGGCUGCUGUCAUGGAGUCCAUCCACAACACAUCUGUAGUCAUCGUUAAGUAAAGCCCACAGCAGCCUCCUUUGAACUGUGUGUGAUCUGCAAGCAACUCCAACAGCUGAUGGAACCCUCUGUGCUGACAAAGACACCAGCACUGCAUGUCACAUCAUUAGAUGUUUUUAUAUAGAAAGCUGCAAGAACACUGUAGGAGUAGACAUGUUGAAUACUUGCACAUUACAGCAGCAUUACAACUCAAGAAAUUUGAUCCAACAGGGUUCUGCUGUACUGUCCCAACAAUACUGUUUUAUCAGGAUGACCUCGAGCAGCAGAGGGACCUGAACCUGAACACAUCUGUUUUUAUUUACCACAAUAACACCUCAAACUCAUGAUUUAGACACUCUUCAACCCUGGAUACAUCUUGUUGGUACCCAUGAGUACAGUCCUAACGAUCAUGACCAGUCUUGGUUUGUACAAUGGCUUUGAGGUUUCAUCUGCUUUUAAAUUAUCUUGUGCUCACUAGUCAAACAUUUACUCAUGCAGCAAAGCUGAACCAUCAGCAGGAUGUAAGAGGAGUGUAAAACUCUGUCUGGCACUCUGUUAAGUUCUGCUAUAGUUAGUUUUUAUUUACCUAAACAUAAAAUGAACUGUUGCUUAAAUAUGCAGGAAUUGACUGGUUUAUUAAGAUCAUUUGUUUUAUUGUCGAGCAGUUUAAAUGCACAACAAGGUUUUUAUCAGGGAGGGAAAAAAAUCUAGAUUUGUACUGCACAGUGAUGCUGUGUAUGAGCUUUUUUAAAAUAUGUUUUAUAUUUUUAUUUUUAUUAGAUUCCUAGACAGAUUCUGGGAAAUUUAACACAUAGAUGUAGCUAGGAAGAAUAUCUAAAAAAAUCAAAAUGGGCAAACUGUGCAAUUUAAGAAAAAAGAGCCACCAGCGGAUGCACAGGUCUCUCUAAAUCUGUGCACUGUUGACAUGUACUGUAUUUGUUCAUGGCAUCUCUUCUUUGUAAAAGUUUGGCAGCAUCUCUUUGACUGCACUUUGCUUCUCAGAUCUGCUCCUCUUCUGCAGGACUCUUUAUAAACCACGCUAAGACUUUUAAAGGAGAUCUAGUCGAUGAAGUCCUUUUUCACUGCUGCGCCAGAUACAACAGGGCUUAAUGAAUGAGGUUUUUUUUCUUUCACUUUGGUAGACAAGUCUGGCUGCUGAUUUCACACUCUGUUUUUCAUCUGUAGUAUUUGAUGAUACUCAAUAAAUAUUUUAAAUAUUUUGUGUGUUUAUUAAUUAUUUACUAGCUUCUCUACUGCUUACAUCAGGGUAAAGAGGAGGAGACAUGCCUGCAAGCUCACUCUGCAAGACAAGAAGUUUGGAAGUUUAUUAAAUCACAAUAUUAGCUACCCCUUACACCAGCUUUUACUGUAAAAAUUCUACUGGUUAACUGGCAUUAAAAUAGCUUAUUUCCUCCUCUCAUGCAUGGAGUUGUACCUAGCAUGAGAAACAACUUCACAUGCCUUAUGUCCCGGGGUUUAUGCUCCAGUACAUAUUACUGUUAUUGCUUUAAUAGGCAACAGCACAGAUAAUCUCCACAAAUUCAUGUAAAUCCUUUUAAUCUAUUGGAGUCAAACUGUGCUGCAAUAUAGAGCCAUGUCUGUUAUAAGGUCAAGACUUUAACAUUAAUCUAUUUUAAAUGCACAUCAAAGAAGUAAUUAUACAGAGAUUAAGACAAUAAUACCAGAAAGUCGGGGUCUGCACCAGGGUCAAAGAAGUUCAGAUGUGCCCUACUCUCUGUUUUCCAAAACUGCCCACAUUCUGGAUGAGUAAAUACCAAGUCAAGAGGGAUCUGUUAAAUCUUUCUAGUGCUGUUAUACAAUAAAGUUGUCAUAGUGUCGUGUGAUAAAAAGGUCAUAUUAUUGUAGGGGAAAAAAAUCAUAUUAUUGUUUGAUUAAAAUGUCAAAGUAUGUAAUUAUAGAAAUAUCA